AUGGACUACCUUUUUUGGAGAAAGAAUAGUAUUAUAGAGCCUGAUGAUGAUAGAGAUCCUUAUCCUUGGAUAAUUUGGUACAUCUGGGAAGCUAAGAAUGACAAACUGUUUAGAGGUAUAGAUAGAAAUCCAUUGGAGCUAGUUAGGUAUGCAGAGGGAGAGUGCCAAGCUUGGUAUAAUGCAAGAGACACUGUACCGAAUCUGCCAAAUGCACAGACUAAUGAAGAAACACAAAUCUUACGCUUGAGUAAUAUUUGUAUGGUGGAUGGUUCAUGGACCUCCACAGCGCAGUUUAGCGGAAUGGGAUGGGUUUGGAAGGAUACAUUGGGGAAGAUACAGCUCAUGGGGUCAAGGAAAUUACAGAGGAGGGAGACAUCACUACACUCAGAGCUGGAAGCGCUAAAGUGGGCAAUGGAGAGUAUGCUACAACACUCGACCUGCCAGAGGUUUGGGACGGACUGCAAGGACCUGAUUGCAAUGAUAGAGCAGCCACAAGAUUGGCCCAACUUCUCAACUGAGCUGGAAAUCAUUCAAACUCUUCGGUUAUGUUUUUUGGACUUCAAGAUCAGCUACUUUCCAAGGACGCAGAAUGAGAUAGCAGAUUCCUUAGUUAGGAAUGCACACCAUCUCAAGUUUGAGUAA